GGGGGAGGGGAACGCAAAUCUCUUGAGUACCACAAAACCUAGUGAGCCCUUUAGAACAUUAUCCACUUGCCUUGUCGGCUUCAAGAGCGACUCAACCAAUCCAUACGACAUACAUUAUAGUGCUGUUUUUCUUCACUCCACAUUGCAAAGUAGUCGAGGCGUUAUUUCGUCACGGCAUAAUUUGAUCACCUUCUGAUUGAAUCUUCUUGUUCCAUUCGGAAGGGUUGGGUUCAUUAAACUGAACUUCGGACUCCAAGCCUUGUGAAACAAGAAAGCAAACAGAGGGGAUCUCCAUGGAAGAGUAAUAGUUCUGGUUGCACACAUCCCGUAAAAGAAUGUUUGUUAAGGCUCGUUGUAAAAGCGUUUCAGUCGAACGAGGAGACAGUCAAAGUUCGACGCAUUCGGAGAGGAUGCCCUCGCCCUCCAAGCUAUUAGAAGCCACAAUUCUGGUGGCCAAAGUGAAACCUAAACUGCAAUCCAAGGCCAAUGCCAGAAAAGCAGUUCAAGUGUCAGGCUCGAAAGGAACUUCCAGAGCAAAAGUUGUUCCAAAGUCAUUAAGUAUACCCAAAGGCCAUGGGAAUUCAGUGUCGAGCUCUGGGACUCCACCAAGAAGCUCAAGAAGUCCCGUCAAGCGAAGCGUUCGACCCAAGGAACAUUGUGGAACCAAAGAGCACAAAAGGAGAGCAAGCAUUCCACACAAAGAAGAGGCCAGACCUAAAUCUGUGUUAACGAAAAAGAAACCCAUUCUCGUGAGAACCAACUCCACUCCUGUUGUUAAUUCCAAAUUCGCUUCAGAUCACCUCCGAGCUCAAGGUGGUCUUUCCAGUUCCAUUGAUAACAUUAAGCCACAAUCUCCCGGCAUCGAAGAGCCUGUGAAGAUUUCGAAAUCAGUCAGAAUCGACGAGUCGGUCCAGAUUUGUCCCAUUCAAGGCCGAUCUCAAGGCCGAAGAAGGCCAUUGCUUCGGAGAAGUCUUUCAUUUGAAUCCAGCGACUCAAACGAUCCCGAGUCGGUUCGAAAGAAGAAAUUCAAAGGGAUUCUUCCUCGGCGAAGAUUCUCACAAAGCGCGAUAGAACCCAUACGCGAACUCUUGAGUGAGAUUGAGAUCCAAGAGUCGGAGAAAAGAGCCAAAACCAAGGCGUCUAAAAUUGACGACAAUAUCUUGCACGGACUUGACAUCACGGAUGAGUCUUUCAGGAAACUCUCAAGGGAGCAACAACUCGAUAUUUUAAAAGCUCGCUCAGAAUUAUCGGCCGAGAGUCGGGGUCGAGAUUGGGUCGGUUUGAGGUCGUUAACGGGGGCCAACGCGUCGGGUUGGAAAUUCCAGGACUCUUUCUACGGCAACUUCAACGUGGGCAGACGACCUUCAAUGGACACGGCUUGGGGUAGACGGGUGUACGAUCAGUACGAGAUCGAAUGUCCCGACAACAAGCCCAAGAAUAAAUACCUCGGGGACGAGGGCUUGAACAAGGAACCCAAAGAGUUGGGUCUCUGGGAUCUCAUCUUCAAUCCCGAGAUUAUUUCCAAGCUUGAAGGCGUCCAAAAGUGGGAUCCAUUGUAUGAGGACAAACUCAAGGAGAUCAAGAAGCUCAAGAUCGACCCCACUCGGUUGUUGGAAGAGGUGGUCAUCUCGGACGAAGGGGAUCCCUUGAACCAGUUUAAGCUGAAGUUCAUGCAAACGGGCGAGUAUCUCAGACCCCAUGACAUGAAGUAUUGCAUUGAGAAGACCAAUUUUACCGAGGAGCAAAUCAUCGAUUGGUUCAAACGCUUCAAGCGCGAUUGUCCUGAUGGAAAACUCACUCGGGAUAACUUGAGAUCUCUCUUCAGGCAAGCCUUUCCCGAUGGACAAGCUGAGCGCUUCACAAAGCAUGUCAUGAGGAUAUUUGACAGUGACGGGAACGACUUCCUCGACUUUAAAGAGUUUCUCAUGGCCAUGGACAUUGCCACUUGCGACACGGAGGAAAGCAAGUUAGCGUGGGCCUUUAAACUUUUCGACUACGACAACAGUGGGUGCAUCGACGUGGGGGAAAUGAUUGCCAUCAUGGAGACGUUGGACAGUCUGGAAGGCAACAAGAUCAAGAAGAAGGUCAUCAUCGACGACAUGGGCCUUCCUGAUCCAGUUCUGUCACCCGAAGAGCGAGCCCAUGACCUUUUCGAGGCCUUGGACAAGGACGGAAACGGGGUUCUGACCAUGGAAGAGUUUAUCAACGGCUAUUUGGAACGAAAUGAGCUCAUUGCCAAGCAAGAUGCUCAGGAACAGAAGAGGAAAUUGAACUGUCUCAUCUUCAGAGGUCCAGCUGUUCCAGAGGAUGAGGAAGGCAUCCUCAAAGAAGAUAAGGCCAUCUUCACCAUCGCAGUUCUGAUUUCGAAACGUGCUGGGGUGGAGUGCGAAUCAGAGGACAUUGAUUUCGUCAGUAUUCGUCCUGGCAACGAAGAAAAUACCAAGUCGGCUUUUGUACGAUUCUCAGACAAGGAUAUGCGUUUCAAAGUGUGGAACAAUCGUCUGUUUGCCAAAAAGAACGGACUUCAAAUGGAAGAAUACCUGACCGUAUACAGACAGAAACUCCUGUUGAAGUGCAAGGAUUUGAAGGAACAAAAGCUGAUCAAAGACGUGCAAACCAAGAACGGAGACAUAUAUGCCAUACUUCUCCAGAAAGACCCUGAGAGUCCCAAAGAGUAUGAGAAGAUGCUCGUGGUCACAGACAGCCAUUUUGAAGCUCUCAUGAAGGCCACUAAAGGGCAGAAAGUUGGACAUGAAAAUCCAUGAAGUUUUCUGUACCCUGCUCGAGCAUCAACUCCAAUAAGAGCACAACAUAUCAACAUAAGUCGGUGUGUUUACUUCAAAUUUGACCUUACUCUACUCCGGAAGAGGGCAAAAGGGAUCCUUUCCCUUUAGACCCUUCAUCUUUGGGACAUUUCAACCAAAAAAAAAAAGAAAGAAAAGUAUAAAUGAUGUGUAACGGUAAAGCUGGUCCGACAGAUUGAAUGCCAAAUCGAACCAUAUCGAUUAGCCAAAGGCUUCUUUUGAUAACUUUAAUGUGGGUUCUAAACUGGUGAACUGCGUUCGAAAUUUGCAUGUUUCACAAUACAAAUCAGCGCUAAGCCUUGGGCAGAAAGGAGUUCUAUGGGGAUAGAGGGAGAGAGCUCCCACCACAAGGGAACUUGCUGCUCCUAAGUAAGGAUUAAAGUUGUUGGAAGUGGUGUUCCUGUAAUCACUCUAACCGUGCGUCAACAUUUAUGAUUAGAGUGUCAAUCUCAACUCAGUUUUUUCCUUCGCUCGAGAUAGUCGGACCUCCCGUUGAAUCAACGCCUGUUUGAAACUAAAAAUGGAGUCACGCUAAAAUAAUAGCAAUAAUGGUUCCCGUCCCACUCCAAGGUCGUGCGAAUUUGGACCCUCGCUCCUCCAAAGUAAUAAGUUUAGGAAUAGUCCUCGCUGAAGAUCGAGAGUGACCUUCAGGUGCAAAAGUGUACUACAGAAAAGAAGGGCUACUCAAG